AUGUCGCUGCCAGUGUCUCAAUACGAGGCGCUGUUGGCUGAGGUACGCGGCUUAAGGCGCAAGGCUCAGCGGGUGCAACAACUUGCCAGGCCUCUGGUCGAGGGGGAUUCACAAGUUGAAGGUGCCGCAUCAUCUUCAACAACUGCAAGCUGUAGACAUCAUCAGGUAGGUGCCGUUUAUAUUUGUUCAUAUGGAAAUUCGGUAGAUUCGAUGACAAAAUCGGUACGAGGAAAAUUUCAUCGAUGGAUCAAAAGUACAUUUUUGUACACAAAAAAAGCCAUUAUAGGGAAAGCCGAAUAUAUUUAUUGUAGGCAACCAAAAUCUACGUCCCUCGUAUGUGUGACUUCCCAAGUAUACGCUUAA